AUGUAUAUUCGUAGUGUUCAUCUUGAUAAACUUCUGAUUUUAAUUGUUAGCGAGGAAACGGCUUGUGGUCUGAUUCAACGAGCUCAUUCUUAUCCUCAAAUCAAAGCUAUUUUUAUUGUACCUCGCACGAAGUUCAAAGAUGAAUUGUUAGCAAAAUGGUCGGACUAUGUUAGAAUAGUACUGAUCAAUGAAUUAGCUACUCGAAUGAAUUCUUUCAAAUCUCGUUGGCUUCGCAAUGAAUUUGAACGAUUUCAUUUCGACUUGUUCAACACAACGGAAUCUAUUGGUCGUACAUCUAGUGAUUUAAAUGGAGAAUUUCUUACUUCUCAAUAUUUAAUUCAUGUCAUUAUUAGCUUAACACCAUCAGUGAAAGACAAAGAUGAAUUUGUUGACCAAUAUACAAAUGCAUUGAAAAAAUAUAACCCAGGAUUACUGAAAGAUGUUCAAGAGUUUCGAAAUGGUUAUACACCUAGCUAUGCUUUGACAUAUUAUACUAAACCUACGUUUUUCUUCAAAGAGUUGAAUAUGGCGCUUCGUACACGUAAUGUUGAGUGUCUGUUCCUGUUUCGUUUUUUUAUACGUGACAUAUUCGAUCAAUUAACGCAGAAACAAUGCCAGCAUUCAGUUCGUGUUUAUCGUGGACAACGAAUGCAAAAGGAAGAAAGACACCUACUUGAACAGUCCAUUGGACAGCUAAUAUCCAUGAAUUCGUUUUUCUCAACGUCGCUCAACCGAAAAGUAGCUCUUCAAUAUUUGGGUGAUACAAAUAUUCAACCACAGACAAUUAAUAAAACAGAAAUGUAUGAAGAAUAUGUUCUUUUCGAAAUUUAUGCCAAUCCAGAAUGUCGAAGUAGGCCAUUCGCCAUUAUUGAAGAAAAUUCUGCAAUAUCCGAAGAGCAAGAAGUUCUAUUUGGUGCUGGUGCAAUUUUUCAUUUAAAAAGUGUUCAUCGUGAAGAUCAAGGGAAUGGACAUCAUCCUAUUUGGAUAUUUCAAAUUGAAUUGGCUAAUGGAGAAGAACAUGAAUUGAAAUAUCAUUUUAAUCGUUUACAUUAUAAUUAUGCAAACGAAGAAUUAAUUAAACUAUCUUUCAGCUCAUUUGGUUUACUUCUUUGCAAUAUGGAAAAGUACAAAUUUGGGUUUCAAUUAUUUCGACGUAUUCUGCGCAAUGUUUCUUCUAAUAAUCUUGUUGAACAAGCUCGUUGUCAAAAAAUCAUGGGUCACAUUACAAGUGGUCAACAUCAUUAUUGGCAAAGUUUGCGUUGGUACAAAAGAUCUCUUUCAACUUAUGCGAUUAUCGAUUCAAAUGCUUAUUCGACAGAGGUUGCAUCUGUGUACGAUGGCAUUGGUCAUGUUUAUUUAGUCAGAAAACAAUAUGAACGAGCUCAUAGAUCAUAUCAAAAAUCACUGACUAUAUGGAAAACAUAUUACGACGAAGAUCAAGACCAAAUAGAAAUAGGAUUUUGCUACAUAAAUGAGGCUCGCGUUUACUUCGCCGAACAACGUCUCGAAAGAGCAAGUGAACUGUUCAGAAACAGCUUAUGCAUACUUUACAAGUGUUAUGCAAAUACGCCUAUUCAAGCUAGUUUAGCUGCUGCUCAUUGCAUACUUGGUGAAAUUCUUGAAAAAUUGCAAAUGUUUGAUCUUGCUAUCGAUCAUUAUUUGGAAUCGUUGAUUAUUGGAUUAAAAACGUUGUGUCAAGAUGACAGUUCUGUUUUUUCUGUCUAUAGCAAGUUACAAAUAGUCUGCGAGAAAGCAGAAAGAAACUUUGAUCAACUAUUGGCAUACAACAAAAUUCCAGUCAUCCAAGAUCAAACCCAUAUUGAUUAUUAUAAUAAAAACAACGGUACACGCUUUCAAAUGUUAUUUAAAUGUCCUCGUUGUAAACAAUGGCAAUGGAUUUUUACUGUCUUUCGACCCAUAAAACAACUUGUCUGCACUGGAUGCUGGAGGAAGCGAUGCCCACGACUUAUGUCUUAUUUUUGGGUACUAACAUGAUUUCAAAGACAUCUAUUAAUUUCUAAUACAAUUAUUGUCGAAGAUUCAAUAGGAAAAAAUCGUUUUUAGACAUGGAAUCUCUAAAAAUCGUCUGUGGAAAUAUGGUUAAAACUAAAUAACGAAACUUUUUGUGUGUCAUCACUCUUAUUAACUAUCCCAGCCUUGGUACCUCUUAUCUUCUAAUCUAGAAAUAUAUGUGUAAAUACGACAAUAAAGGGUGGGUGGGUGGGUGUGGAGGUAGAUGUGCGUGUGGAUGUGCCUUAAACGAAAACUCUGACCCAUACUAGCCCCACACCGACACUCUCAUUUGAGCUUGUAUGCAAUCCUCCCAGAGUAAUCAACUUAUUUCUUAUAAUAACAUUUCAAGAGGAGUUGAAGCAGAAAAAAAAGCAUCGAAUAUUUAACUGUAGAUCAAAUGGCUAAUACUAGAAACGAGAAUAAUAAGAAUUCAGACCAAGAAGAGAAGCAACAUUGAAGAAAACAGAGAAAUCUCACUCUAAAUUGUCUUGCACGUAUCUGUGUAUAUACUUCAUUUACUGCGGUCGCCAAUUUACAAUCAAGCGAAGCCCUCGACAGAUUAGAAGACCUCCGUAUAUUAGAAGACCCCCCUCCAUAAUAGAAGACUCCCCUUGGAUAAAAGAAGCAAAAGACAUAUGAGAAGAUCCCCCUGACAAAAUCGUUUCUUUUUACAAAUAAUUUCUGGAGUUUAUUAACUUUUUUAGUAUUUAAGUCCAUAAUUGUAUCUUAGAUCAGUAUGAACAAUAUUUUGCUUCAUUCAUAAAAAUGAUGCAUCAGUUCGAAGUUAAAAAAGUCUUGCGAAACGAUGAAUAGGAAACAACUAUUUAGUAAAGAAUGUAUUUCUUUAUAGAACACAUAUCAUGGAAUCUUUUUAGGGGUCUUUUGCAGCAUAUUCCG